CGUUGAUAUCAAUUUAUUUGUACCAUAAAUGCAAUUAUGACUCAGAUAAAAUGAUAAAAAGUUUAGUAUAAAACCUCUAGUAUAAAAAGAAGAAGCAUAAUUCAAAUUACAUCUUCCUUGAUCAACGCAAUCAACAAAGACAAAAAUGAAAUUCUUCAUUGCCUUCGCUGCCCUCGUGGCCCUCGCCGUCGCCAGUCCGGUGACCAAGCCCGUGAACGCUGAGCUCGCUCAGCUGGAGGCCAUCAUCGCCGCCAUCAACAGCCCCAACACCGACCCCGCCACCGCCGCCCUCCUGGAACAGCAGCUCUUCGACAUCAUCAGCGCCGUCAACCCCAUCGAAGUCGGACCCGUCAUCAUCCCUGAGCCUGUGAUCAAGCCCGAGCCCGUUGACAUCUCCCCCGUCAUCGUCGCUCCCCAGCCCGAUGGUGGUGCUGUCUCCAACCCCAUUGUUCCCUCCCCUGUGGUUAUCGGUGAGAUCCCCGCUGGUGCACCCGCUCCCUUGGUCCAGAUCAUCGUGAACAUCAAGAACGCUAACACCCCCGUCGGCCCCGCCAUAGUGCCCACCCCCGUCGAUGUCGUCGAUGUAGUCGAUGUUCCCGUUGAGCCCGUCGAUGUCGUGGAGGUCGCACCCGUCCCCGUGGAGCCCGUCAUCGUCGAGACCCCCAUCAUUCCCGAGGGUGCCGUCAUCCUCCCUGAGGAACUCAACUAAGCGCUGAGCACACUUCAGUAGUACUCUCUUCACUAAGAAUUGGUAACAACACCUUUGCAAUGUUAUAACGAUAUGUACAUUUUUGGUUCUUGUUGAAUUCGUAAUAAAUUCUGUUAUAAUA